AAGAACCGCAUGGAUUUGCCUGUCAUUUAGGAAAAUGAAUAUGGUCAUAUAAGUGACACAAUAAAAGAUAUUUUUAAAUUUCCAACGGGCCCUUUCACCUUACAAGAAGGUAGUUGAUUUCUCCCUCACAUCUCACCUCACCUUGUCAUCAUCUUCUCUUUAAUGUAAGCUAAGCAAUCCCUCCCUUUCUCAUUUCCUUCUUUCUCCAACAUAGAAUUUACAAACCAAGCUGUGGUGCAAACUAAGCAAUCUCUCCCCCACUAUUAACCAACCAAACUUAGAACCCUUCUCUUGUCCCCCUCCCCUUGUAUCCUCUUCCUUCAAUCUCCAUCUCUACACCUAUCAAUUUAUCUGUUUCUAAAUGGCGAGCCGCCGAGAAUGGCUCGCCGCCCUUCUGGUCCUCUUGGUGGUGGCGACCGUCAGCUCAGUCUCUGGACGGUUCAUCGUCGAGAAGAGCAGAGUGAGGGUGGUAUCGCCACACAGCAUUAGAGGACGCCACGAAGCCGCCAUAGCCAACUACGGCAUACCGGAUUACGGAGGUACACUAACUGGCGUAAUCAUGUACCCCGACAAGAAGACCACCGGCUGCGAGCCGUUCGAUGCCCCUUUCAAAUCGAAGACGCGACGGCCCGUAGUCCUUCUGCUCGAUCGCGGAGGUUGCUACUUUGCACUCAAGUCAUGGCAUGCUCAGAAUGCCGGUGCAGCCGCAGUCUUAGUCGCAGACAACAUAGAUGAGCCUCUGCUCACCAUGGACUCCCCUGAAGAGACCAAAGACAACAAAUACGUCGACAAGAUAACUAUCCCUUCUUCUUUCAUUGACAAGUCCUUUGGCAACACACUAAAAGAGGCAUUAGCAAAGUUACCGGAGGAAAUCGUGGUUAGGUUGGAUUGGAGAGAAUCAAUGCCUCACCCUGAUGAAAGGGUCGAGUACGAAUUCUGGACCAAUAGCAAUGAUGAGUGCGGUCCUCGAUGUGAUGAACAAAUGAAGUUUAUUCAGAACUUUAAAGGCCAUGCUCAAAUUUUAGAGAGGGAAGGGUAUACACAAUUUACUCCUCACUACAUAACAUGGUAUUGCCCGGAGGCAUUUAUAUUUAGCAAGCAAUGUAUGUCUCAGUGUAUCAACAAAGGGAGAUACUGUGCUCCUGAUCCUGAGGAGGAUUUGGAUGUCGGUUAUGAUGGAAAGGAUAUUGUUAUAGAGAAUUUGAGGCAGCUUUGUGUUCAUAGAGUGGCAAACGAGAGCGGCUGGCCGUGGAUUUGGUGGGAUUAUGUGACGGAUUAUCACAUAAGAUGUUCGAUGAAGGAGAAGAAGUAUAGUAGGGAUUGUGCUCAGGAAAUUGUCAAGUCUCUUGGUUUACCCCUUGACAAGAUUUCAAAGUGCAUGGGUGAUCCAGAAGCUGAUGCGGAGAAUGCAGUUCUGAAGAAAGAGCAAAAAGAUCAGGUCAGCCACGGUUCUCGUGGAGACGUAACAAUCUUGCCUACUCUGGUCAUAAACAAUGUUCAGUACAGAGGAAUAUUGGAGAGAACUGCAGUGCUAAAAGCCAUCUGUGCUGGUUUUAAGGAAUCCACUGAACCUCAUGUUUGCUUAACUCCAGAUAUUGAAACAAACCAGUGUCUCAGAUCGAAUGGCGGCUGUUGGCAGGAUGAACACCUGAAUGUUACAGCCUGCAGGGAUACUUUUAGGGGAAGAGUGUGUGAAUGUCCCGCUGUAAAUGGUGUUCAGUACCAAGGAGAUGGCUACACUUCUUGUAAAACUGUGGGACCAGGGAGAUGUGCAAUGAACAACGGAGGUUGUUGGUCAGAAACUAGAGAUGGACAAACAUUUUCAGCUUGCACAGACUCGGAGUUAAAUGGAUGCAAGUGCCCUGCGGGGUUUUAUGGUGAUGGUUACAAAUGCGAAGAUCUAAAUGAAUGCAAGGAAAAGCUUGCAUGCACUUGCCCAGGAUGUUCAUGCAAGAAUACAUGGGGAGGGUUUGACUGCAAGUGCAAGGGUGACCUUCUGUACAUCAAGGGGCAAGAUACAUGCAUAGCUAAAAAUGUGUCGAGUUUCGGAUGGUUUUUGACUGUAUUGGUUUUAGCAUGUCUCGUUGGCGGCGGAAUUGCAGGAUACAUAUUCUACAAAUACAGGCUCAGGUCAUACAUGGACUCUGAGAUCAUGGCAAUAAUGUCACAGUACAUGCCCCUAGACAAUCAACAGAACGAGACUCAACCUCUAAGAGUAGAUACUGAAGCAUGAUAUGGGAAGAGAGAUCAUAAAUACAUAAGAUGAAGGCUUUCUUCGGAAUGGUUGCAGCAAAUUCGAGCCCUUGUUAGCUGUUACCAAUUGCUCGUUUUAUCUUAUCGAGUACACAUAGAUGUAUAAGUUGCUAAUUUACAAAGCAUACAAGUACAACUAAUGGAGGUACCGUAACUGGUUUCUCAUUUGAUGGUACAUCUUUUGUAAAAUAUGAAAUGCUACAUAUGUAGGACUACUUAAUAAAGUGCCGCACAAUCUCUCCUUCCAA